CAUGCUGCGUUCCGUGCAUUUGAUUCUUCUUCUCUUGAUGGUGGUUUUGGUAGCAAGUUUAGAAGACACAGCUGAGCCCGCCCGAGCAGAAACUGGACUCUCCCUAAACAAUGUUAAUGAUCUAGAUGCUGAUGCUAGUGCUUGGGGAUAUUCUAGACCAUGGCGUUACGGAUGGAGAAAUGGAGCCUGGAGUGGAUGGGGUGGUGUGGGCUGGGGAGGAAGAGCGUGGGCUGGAAGAGGUCCUUGGUGGUGAAAAUGUACUAAAUCUACAAAUUCGAUAACGAAAAUAUGAAAAUUAUUAAGUUAUUUUUGUAACUUUUAUAACAUCGUGCUUUUUUUAAAAAUUAUGUAUUCUAUUGAGCGAUUCUUCGUCAUGAAUAAAUCUUAU